AUGUCGACCGAGCGCGAGUUCCAGAUCAAGCCCAUCGUGGGCGAGUCUAUAAUGCACAAUACGAAGAGCCUCUCCAAUCUCUACAGCUUGACAUCCUCCCUAUUUGGUGUCACCGCCGGCAUCCUGGGUCUCGAGUCAUAUGCCGGCUUCCUCCUCUACCUCGUCCUGUCCGUCGUCACCACCCUCCUCGUCUACGCGAUUCGUGUGGCCCCCGACUCCCUGGCCAACGGCCGUCCCGUCUUCUCGACCGAUCGCUUCUUCAGGAACGCAGUACAGUUUUGGUCUGGCGGGCUUGCUAGUGGUGUGUCGGGGUUUGUUCUGACCUGGACUCUGUUCUAUGGUCUAGUGAGGGUAUAA